ACGUUCAUGGCGCUAAAACACUUCCGGGUGGACACAGACCCACAUGUGGAGCGUUUGCUCUUUUUUCAGCUUUGUUUUGGUGCAGCAACACGUUGUUUUAUGACGUUAGCGAGAUGUUUAGAUAAUAAUCAUCCUUAUGCAUCUAAAACGGACAUUUAACAGGAUACAACUAACACAUUUAUAGCAUCUAUUCCUUGCCAAUGAAGACUGAUCGCUAUCUUUAGUUUAACUACACCAUGACCGGAGUGCGUAAUUCUCUAACUAGGACUCAAUUCGAUGCCAUUGCGGAAGUUGUAUCAGCGGAGUCAUUCCACGUUGUUCUGGAAACAAACCCUCCAGACUAUGUGGAGAAAAUCUCCCACUAUCUGGAGUCAUGUGUGGGACAGAGAGGACAGGAGAAAGUCUCUAAUGGACCUGCUGAAGCAGACAGUGACUCAGGAGACAGCCUGUUCAUAACUCAGAAGCCAGUACCAGAGGCUGAGAGAUCAGGGAGACGACGCACCUACAGCUCGAGGUCAAAGCCCGUAACUCCCAGGGAUCUAGAGGAAAGUGAAGAAGACACUUCAUCGUCCACUUCCCAUGAUGAGGAAUCCAAAACUGACAAAAAGAGGAGGAGAAUAAAGAAAUACAAACUGCCAACAUACAAUUUCCCUUUCCUCGCAGAGCGGAAGUUAAAGCUCAGAAGCACUGGGGUACCUGACCAGAACAAAAACCUUCUUAAUUAUACGAUGGGAGGCUUCUUUAAAUGUGUCAGAGAGCUCAGGCUGGAGCCGAAGUCAUCUUUACCAACAGUUGACACGGAUGGGGAGGACAUAUCUCCUUUAUCAGAAGAAGACGAAGACAGGUCAGAAGUUGAAGACAUCAAAGUGGUGGAGAGGAAACAGUUAGUGGAAAUUCUGUCACCGUCAAAAGCAAAGAGACAACAAACCCGGAGCACCUUAAAUCAACAGAGGAAGAGGAAAGCCAGUAAUGCCGGACAAAAAACAACACGAGGAAGACAGACGAAGAUGUUACAUAAAGACACAGUUAAGGCAUCCGCAUCGAAGGUCGUAGCAUUGUCUUCAGUUACAGAGAGCUCUGAUGAGGGAGAGUCUUCCUGUAGAGCUCCGGUCCAGAGCGAGAGGAAGGAUCAACACGCAACGAGAGACGGAAACUUUCUGGCCCAAACUGAAACACCGAAGAGAAAGGGAUGCCUCGUCCGAGGAGACGCUCUUUCUCUGCGAAAAGCAAGUGAGGAAGACAGUGAUGCUACAGUUUGUGACCUACCGAUAAGGCAAUCCACACAAAACGGCAGAGAAGCAUCAACACCUGUAACAGAGCCUCAGACUGACGCAGGCAAUGAAACAGAGGAAAAGAGGAAGAAAGACAAAGAACAUCAUGAAAGUGUAGAAGCAGAGGUCGUAGCAGUGUCUGCAGUUACAGAGAGCUCUGAUGAGGGAGAGUCUUCCUGUAGAGCUCUGGUCCAGAGAGAGAGGAAGGAUCAACACGCAACGAGUGACGGAAACUUUCUGGCCCAAACUGAAACACCAAAGAGAAAGGGAUGCCUCGUCCGAGGAGACGCUCUUUCUCUGCGAAAAACAAGUGAGGAAGACAGUGAUGCUACAGUUUGUGAGCUACCGAGAAGGCAAUCCACAAAAAACGGCAGAGAAGCAGCAACACCCGUAACAGAGCCUCAGACUGAUGUGGGCAAUGAAACAGAGGAAAAGAGGAAGAAAGACAAAGAACAUCAUGAAAGUGUAGAAGCAGAGGUCGUAGCAGUGUCUGCAGUUACAGAGAGCUCUGAUGACGGAGAGUCUUCCUGUAGAGCUCUGGUCCAGAGCGAGAGGAAGGAUCAACACGCAACGAGUGACGGAAACUUUCUCGCCCAAACUGAAACACCAAAGAGAAAGGGAAGCCUCGUCCAAGGAGGCGCUCUUUCUCUGCGAAAAGCAAGUGAGGAAGACAGUGAUGCUACAGUUUGUGACCUACCGAGAAGGCAAUCCACACAAAACGGCAGAGAAGCAGCAACACCCGUAACAGAGCCUCAGACUGAUGCAGGCAAUGAAACCAAGGAGAAGAUGGGGAAAAAGAAGAAGAAAGACAAAGAACAUCAUGAAAGUGUAGAAGCAGAGGUCGUAGCAGUGUCUUCAGUUACAGAGUGCUUUGAUAACGGAGAAUCUUCCUGUAGAGCUCUGGUCCACAGCGAGAGGAAGGAUCAACACGCAACGAGUGACGGAAACUUUCUGGCCCAAACUGAAACACCAAAGAGAAAGGGAUGCCUCGUCCAAGGAGGCGCUCUUUCUCUGCGAAAAGCAAGUGAGGAAGACAGUGAUGCUACAGUUUGUGACCUACCGAGAAGGCAAUCCACACAAAACGGCAGAGAAGCAGCAACACCCGUAACAGAGCCUCAGACUGAUGCGGGCAAUGAAACCAAGGAGAAGAUGGGGAAAAAGAAGAAGAAAGACAAAGAACAUCAUGAAAGUGUAGAAGCAGAGGUCGUAGCAGUGGCUUCAGUUACAGAGUGCUUUGAUAACGGAGAGUCUUCCUGUAGAGCUCUGGUCCAGAGAGAGAGGAAGGAUCAACACGCAGGCAAUGAAACCAAGGAAAGGAAAAGGAAAAAGAAGAAGAAAGAAAAAGAACAUCAUGAAAGUGUAGAAGAAGGAAAGGGUCAGAGUCAAGAAGAGCCUGAUAACGUACUGAGACAGGAGGAGGGAGACAUUCCCGAUUCUAAACAAAAGAAAAAGAAGAGAAAAAAGGAUAAGUCCGCAACAGAAAGUGUUGGACAGGAAGUGGAUGGAAGCUUAGAGUCUGAUGUGAGAGUGGAGGAUUCAAACAUGGAGGAUGGUGGCAAGGAGAAGAAGAAGAAGAAGAAGAGGAAAAGAAGUGGCGAGGAUGUUGAGCAGUUACAGUCCAGCGCAGCUGUUGCCGAACCUCUAAAUGACGAUGCUGAGAUACAGAAGAAGAAAAAGAAAAAAAGGAAAAAAGAAGAGAUGAUUGUAAUCACAGAGGAACGUGAAGAAGAGGAGGCAGCGAAUAGGACUUUAGGUUCGCCGCAGAUGUCAACAGAACAAUUUGAGGAAUCAGGUAAUUGUUUAGAAAAUGCUGCAGCUUCUCAAGAAACAUUAGACUCCCGUUAUGUCAAAAGGAAAAAGCACAAAAAGAAGCGACAGUCGUCCUCUAAUGACGCCACUCAAGAUGGAGAAGAGGGUGAAGAUGUGAGCGUUUGUCUUGAUGAUUCUGUAACCUGGGCUAAAGGGACGUCACUGAAACAGAAGAAGAAGAAAACUAUCUUUGAGUGUGUAAACAGCUCUAACACUCCUGAUGAAAAUGAAAAAGUAGAUAAUACCCAGGAAGGGUUUGAAGACCAAAAUGCUGAACUGGUGACUAAGAAAAAGAAGAAGAAGAGAAAGAGUGAAAUAUUUAGCAGGGCUAUAUCCGAAGACAAGGUGGUGCAAAGCGAUGAUUCAGUGUCUGUGCGGAAAAAGAAAAAGGAAGGGACCUCAUCCUUCCUCGUUGCUGAUGCGGAGGAAAACGACGCUCGGGCACAUGGGGAGGUAGGAAAACCUGGCGUCAGCGCUGGUGAUUUGGAGGAACUUAAUGACGGGGUCAUGAAAAAGAAAAAGAAAAAAAAGAUGUCGGUAGCGCAGGACAGCGUGGAAAAAGGUCACGAGCAGGAUUUUGAGGAAUCAAAGAAGAGUGCUUUGCCUGAAAUCACUGACGCAAGGGUGAAAAAGCAAAAAAAACGCACAGGAAGUGGAAGUGAGGAGGAAAGAUUGGAUGCUGACGCGGGACUUUCUCCCACUGAGGAGGCUGUGGUGUUAAAAAAGAAGAAGAAGAAGAAGAAAAAGUGUAAAGACGAGCAAGAGGGUCCACCAACUGCCUCUGAAGAUGUUGAAUCAGUAGCACUGAAUUCCUGUAGCUCAGUUUCACACAAGAAAAAAGGCGAACAUGGUCACAGUGCUGAAAUAUCUCAUGAUAGCAGCACUACUUCUGACAGAGCGAGCAAGGAAACGCUGAACGCGGUUGAACUUGGACAUCAGGCGUUAAAUGAUUUGAGAGACAAGAAAAAGAAGAAGAAAAGGAAAUCCACUGAUAAUGUUUCGCUUGAGGGGAACUCGUUGACGGAGUCUGCUGAGUUAAAGUCCAGAGAAAUCAAAAAGAAGGAAAAGAAGGAAAGAAAUAAGCAAUCAACUGUCCCCAGUAUCAUAUCAGAGACUUCACUUUCAAAAUUUGAAAUGUCGUCUUCAGACAAUAUUAUGAAAAACAAGCACAAUAAGGUCAAGCGGAGUCUUCAUAAUCCAAGUGAGGACUUCCUCUCAGACUGUUAGUAUGAACAGUAGAGGAAUUCUCAAACAUCACCUGAACACAGAAAAUAACUGUUGUAACUGCACCAUUUUGCCUUCUAUCGUUUUAGAUGGGACAGUGUUAAAGUGGAAAUGUGACAAUUAUGUUUUUUCCUUUUUUUUAAUGAUUUUUGUUUUGUAUCAAAGCAUUUUACUGACACAGGUCUCGACCUUUUUGGUGUUGAGACAAACUGGAAAAAUAACAACACCAUUGUUUUCAAAAUAAAAGCUUCUGAAUAUGGACAUUAGAAUAUUUGGAGGAAAAAUGGCACAAAUUUGAAUAUUAAAACUACUUUAAAUGAC